AUGUAUGUAAACAUUAACCUGUCUUUAGUAUCAGUAAGCAAGUGCAAGGUCACGGCUAAAAAACGAGAUCAAGCUAUAAAAAUGGUCACAAAACAUCUGUUAUAUCCAGUACUCAUCCAACGUUUGAAGUCUUUUGAUGAGUGGUUACCAACCCACCCUAUAAAACCAAUAGUACUAGCUGUAUGUGGCUAUUCUUAUACGGGGGUAAACGAUAAAGUCUUGUGUGCUGCUUGUGAUGUAGUUGUUAAUAAUUGGCGGGUAGGUGACAUACCUUUAGAUAAACAUAAAGACGAUUGUUGUUUUCUUGCUGCAUAUAAGCAAGCUCAAAGAUUAAGGGAUGUUCAAACACGUGCUAGAUUAGAUACAUUCCUACAGCAACCCGGACCAUCUAAACCUCUACGACUUGCCAAUAUUAAAAGAGCUGCAGAGUUUGGUUAUAUACAAGCAUAUGUAGGCUCGGAUAGUCGUGUGAUAAAAACAGAUAUUUGUUUAAUCAUAGAUGUUACUGUAAAAGAAGACAUUGCUGUGAAUAACGAGGAUAUUCAAAAUGGACGUCUUAUUUGUAAAAUUUGCUUCAAUAACGAAAUUAAUACAGUGUCGUUGCCCUGUGGCCAUGCGGCGAAGUGCUUAGACUGUUCUGCUUUAGUUCAAGAGACUUGUUGUAUAUGUAGAGCACCUAUUGCUUUCACAACAAGACUUUAUAUUUAA